UUUUCUUUUUGUGUGGGGUUUAAAGAAACAAAAAUGGUGGGGUUUGUGUCUGAAGUAUGUUAAGCUUCAGGUUAUGAGCAAAGUUUCUCUCUUUUUGUUUUGCUGUGCUUUUGUUAGUUUUCUUUCCCUUUUUGCUUACAAACUCUUGCUGUGUUAAAUUGAGCAUUUUCAUGCUUGUUCUUUGAAAACCAUGGAGUGUGAAUGAUGUUGACUUGGUGGAGGUCUGGUUAGUAAAGUGUUUUUGUAUGGCUUCAUGUGGUAAAUAAGUGUUCAAGGUCAAUGGGAAUUGGGAAGUAUGGUCAUUGAAGAAAAAUAUUCUUGUUUUGAAGAUGCAACUUUAUAAGUUUCUCCUCUUAGGGAUUGCCUCAUUGUGGAAUUUUAUGUUAGAGAACCUCAUAAAGGGCCUUAUUGGUCCAGUUGAUGCUAUUGUUGGCUAAGGUUCUUUCUGAUUUUGUGGCUGUCCUUGGAGAAAGAAGUCCAAGAGAAUCAUGGACUCUUGUGGUUUAUGAAUAUUGUGCCUUAUUCAGAGGUUAAAUCAGGAAGGCGCUACAAAAAAAGGACUUAAACUGGUUUUGUAGACUGAAGAUAUAUGCUAUCAGAAUCCAAAAUCUUUGAGAGAUGUGUCCUGUGAUUUUGCUCGAAGCCUAGCAUCCAGUAGUUCAGGAGUUCUUAUCUAAAGAAGUAUAAAUGUUUGGCAACAAAGUGUUUCUAACUUACAAAAGAAAGCGGCAAUCUCUAAAUAGUAGUUUUAUCCAUGGGAAUUGUAGCAAAAAUUCGGUAUAUGAAGAUGCCCACAAUGACAAGCAAACCGCAGAGAAAUCAUCAGAAAAACAUGAAGAAAAACCAAUGGAUACUACUAGUGAUGGGAAAAGGCCAUGUUUCAAACAGCCAAUUUGUUCAUCAUUGCUUCCACUUCAAAAUAUUUGUGACCCUAAGACAGGAGAGCUUGUAAAUUAUGAUGCAACACAAAUUAGGGCUACUACACAUGAAUCAUCUUCAGCAACAAAUCCAAGUGAGGAUAACAUCAAGAGGGAUGUUAGUGAAUUACCCUUAGUAGAAAAUGCUUCACAGAAUGAUUGUGAUACCCAGAGAAAUUCCUAUGCCGAUGAAAGCUCUGGUAAUGGAUGUGACAACUGUUCUAAUAAUAUUAAUUCCCUUCCAGUUGAAUUGGAUGCUGGCGAUGAUUUAAAUUUAGUCAAAUCAGAAACAUUGAUCAUAAGGGAAUUCAGUUCUGCAUGUGUCAAUAAAUCUCCUGUUUCAAAUAAUUCAGUGGAUGAACCUACUGAUUCACACUCCAAUGUUAAUUUCAAAAACCCAUCUGGAGACAUGGUUUUGCAGACCAACUUGACCAGUCCAAUAAUAACCUUCAAUCGAUGUUACAAAAGAAAAAAGGGUUUGGAGCAGAGCAACUUAUCGCACAAGAAGGAAAGCAUUUCGGCAUUAACCAAAUGGAGUAUGCUUGCAAAUGGCAAUCCAGGUUUGAGCAAUGAGUCAUCUAGUGAGGAAAGUCCAGUAGAUAAUGUACCAGACCUUAAUCAAUCAGUGGGACUUUCAGAAAGAGGGCAGGCAUUGAGUGAAACUCAAGAUGAAACAUCUUGUAGAAGCUGCUCUAUGGUUUUCCAAACAGACCUUAAUCAAUCUGCUGAGCUUUCAGAAAGAGGGGAGCUUUGUCAAACUGAAGAAAAAGUGAAAAUUACUGAUUCUCCAUGCCCCCCUGGAGUUGUUUCUGAAACGUGUAUGACAGACAUGAGAGAGCAACCUUGUCAUGGGGAAGACUCUGUAAAAAAUGCCUCUCAUACAGACAAAACAGGAGAACCGAGCCACAAUUGUUUGAUUCACAAUGAAGACCAACAUAUUCUUAAGGAUUGCCAGGGAGUCUCUAUCAUAGUUGAUUCUAGAGGUCCCUAUCCUGUUGCCACAACCACUGAUCAAGAACUAGAAAAGUCCCUGCUCUUGCCAUGUGAGGCCAUUGAAAAUGUUUCGUGCAAUGACAUAAUGAAAAAAAUUGGAGAACAUCAACCUCAGUUUGACCUUCCUGUUAACUCUGCAGAAGAGAACACUGUUGACUUGAACUUGGGUGCUGAGAAGUAUCCGCUUCAUUUGAGGAUGAGAACUCUUGGUGCCAAAUUGGAGUCAACAAGCAGUAGUUCUGCCAUUGCUGAAGAUCAAGUUUCUGAACUAGACUUUUUAAACUCUAGAAAUACACAGCUGAUAUCAGAAGGAAAGGCUAUAGAUGGUGUUUGCUCAAGUAGUACUCAACCUCAGUUAAUGAUGUCUGAAGAAAGAAUGAAUGUUCAGCAUACAAAAACUGAUCAACCAAAACUCAUGCCAGUGAUUUCUCUUUCUUUGGGUUUGUCUUUACCUAUGGAGCACAAAACUGGAUGCAGUGAUUCAGUUAAUAGUUUGUCGGUAUUGUCUUUGUCAAAUUCAACCACUGAAGCCAGAGAUAUUGUCCAAGAUGGAUUCUGUUGGUCUUCAUCAGUAAACCGGAGAUCAUUGCUUCCCAGGCACCAGGUAGUGCUUGACAACAUUGUACACAGAACAAGAGCUUUAAAUGAAAGAGGAAAUUUUCAAGAAUAUUUGAAGCCACACCCUAUCAUGUGGUCUGAAGAGGAGUUGGAUUUUCUCUGGAUUGGUGUGAGGAGACAUGGUAGGGGCAAUUGGGAUGCCAUGCUAAGGGAUCCGAGAUUGUGGUUUUCACCAUUAAGGGUACCAGGGGACCUUGCCGAGAGGUGGGAGGAUGAACAAUUAAAACUUUUGAAUGAUAUCAGCGUUCCACAGUUCAUGUAUCCAGCAGCGGCGUCAUUGCAAGGAAACUUCUGCUACUUGGAUCCUAAAUCAAGUUUCUGGGAGAGUAACCCCUUGAAGAAAUCUCUUCCCAGAUAUAAUUUUCAAAGUAACACCACUGCACACAGUCAUAGGCCAACUAUUCAUUCCAGAAAGGCCUCUUACAACAAUAUAGACAAGUAUGAAUUAGGAUUUUUCAAUUCUCCAGGAAGCUUGGGCAUUUCUAGGGAAAACUCUUACUCGAACGAUUAUUCCUUUAAUUGUUCGGCUGUGACAAAUAGUUUGCCUCACUGGCUCAGAGAAGCAGUUAACACUCCUCCUAUUCAACCAAAUAUGUCUGCAGCGAUUUCGUUGAGUUCUCAUCCUGAGAUACCAGGAACUUCAGAUCGAUGCUUUAGUGCUGGUAAGUCAUGCUUUGUGCCUCAAAAUUGGUUCAAUGGUUUGACGCCAAAUGAGAUAUACAUGUCAAAUGGGUCUCACUAUUCAACCUAUUCAAGAAGAAAAUAUGGGGUGGUGAAGAUGAACAAGUCUCUGGAACAACGUGUCCACAAACCGGAUAACUUGAUCAUCAUUGAUAGUGACACUUCUUCUGAAGAGACCAUAUCUGAUGAUCACCGUUCCAGCUUGUAGAUCAGAAUAAUGGAUUUGAUGUUGAUGUUGAUAAAAUGAUAACCCUGGUUAAUAACUGUUGUAAGCUGUAGAAAGGUUGUAGGUGAAUGAAUGAUGCAUGGUUUUGUAGAUGAGCAAUCUGUAUAACGUAGAAGAUUAUGUGACCUGCUGCUAAAUGAACAUUUAUUUUAUAUUUAACUUAAUUUUUGGGAUAUUAAAUGCUUGGCAUUUAUUUGAGGAAACGAAAAAAAAUGAAAUGCAAUAGUUUGUUGUCAUGUAUAGGUUGAGAGGAAAAAACAGGUUGAUCUUCUUCUCUUAUUCUACAUCAAUCUAUGAGUUGCAUUUUCAUAAAAAGUGAAAUGCAAUAGUUUGUUGUCA